AUGUGGAGGCCGCCGGCGGCGGCGGCGGCGGCGCCGCCUUCCCUUCGCCUCGUCUGUCCUCCUCAUCUCCGUCCAACAAAUGUGUUUCCCCCAAAUUCAAGAAAUCCAAGAAAUUCUGCAACUAAAGCCACUAGUUUCAUAUCUCAACUCAAGCUUGUAGGCCCUGUACUAUCGGAUCUGGCCAAGGCAGAGAAGCCACCACCGACCCUCUCUUUUACAGAACUCCGGCGACAACAGAGGGAAGGCGGUGGAAGAGAGGGAAGGAAGAAAUGCGAGAGAUGGGUUGUCAAACACAAAAUACAAAAAAAUGCACGAAAAAUCAUAGAACACAUACACUGUGAAAAUCAAACUAAAUCCCUCAGAUCUUGUGUCAAAAUUCCCAAGUUAUUGAAGACAAAAUCGAAAGACAAGGGGUGUGAGGGAGCUCAGUGGUGGAGUGAAACCCUGGCGGUGGAGCGGCCUGAAUAUUACCGGAGAACGGAGACGGACGCCAGAGCCAGGGGUGUGAGGGAGCUCAGUGGUGACCGAGAAUCUGGGGUGGUGGAGGGCACGAGGGCGGUGGUGGCGGCAGAUCGACGGCAAGCAGAUUGAGGCGGCGGUGGGGUGGUGGAGAAAAGGGUCGAGAUGGAGAAGGCGGCAAGGCCAAGCAGAGAGGAAAGGCGACGAGCAGAUUUUGUGGGAGAGAGGCAGCAGGCGGUGGAGGAUGGCGGCGGCGCUAGGCAGUGGAGACGGCGGAGGGUGGUGGCGGAGCUAGGCAGUGGAGGCGGCGCUAGGGUUUGGUGGUGGAGGGAUGAAGAAGAGGAUAGAGAGAGAGAGAUGGAAGGAGCGUGCGUGAGUUUAGAGGAGAGAGAGGGUGUUGCAAAAUAAUUAGGGAGAUUUAUUUAGAUAGACAAUUAGUGAAUUAAUUAAGCUCUAAGUGAUCCCUUAUUAUUUCCAAAAAUAGAAACGUGCCAUUAAUAUUGGGAC